AACGCGAUCAGUUGGGCAGCGAAAAGAAACUAUUGUCCCUCCCUCUCGAAGAAAAAAGGAAAAAAAAACUUGGAGGGAUCCCCCUCGAUACAGUGGACUGCUGAGUUAGGAACCUUGCACGGGUAAGUUAGAGUCAAAUAAGUAUAACUCCUUGUUUUUGGAUUUCUCAACUACAUGGCCCAGCAUAAAACAGUAGGUUUUGCAGAGUGGAGAGAAUAGACAGGAACUGCAGUCUAAUACCUGGAGGACCAUAACAGAUUGCCGGGAUCUCUGAACUCUUUCUGAUUUUGCAUUUUGCAUCUCAAAACCUUUUUCUAAGGGGUUUCAAAGCAAAAUGGCUUUUCACCUGCUUAUGAGUUCAAUGAUUUUCAUACUUUGUCUUGGUGGCUAUCAUUGCCAGAAGGACUGUACUGGUGUGGAUUGUCCAGUGUUGAACAACUGCAUCGAGGAGGUGUUGGAGACGGGGGCAUGCUGUGCCUCUUGCUUACAGACUGGGUGCACGUGCGAAGGUUACCAGUAUUAUGACUGCGUCAACGCGGGGUUCAGGAAUGGGAAGGUUCCAGAAGGCGAGUCCUACUUUGUGGAUUUUGGAAGCACGGAAUGUUCUUGCCCGCAAGGGGGUGGAAGGAUAGGCUGCCACUUCAUCCCAUGUCCUGAAAUUCCUGCUAACUGUAUUGACAUUUUGGAACCUGCUGAUGGAUGUUCGCAAUGUGAGCGAGUUGGGUGUGUCCAUAAUGAGCAGAAGUACGAGGCUGGUCACUCCUUCCACCUGGACCCCUGUCAGGUCUGCCACUGUCCAAAUGAUGGCGGAAGUCUGAUGUGCUAUGAGGUCCCUGACUGUGAUCCACAUGACAUUCAGAAACCUAUGUUGGCAGCUACCACUGAGGAGAACAGUCCAGACAGGCAGUACAAUGACCCGUACAUCUUUGACCAGGAUGGCUCUAUGGACCGCCUUUCCAAACCAUACACUCUGUCCCACAGUGACACCAUGCCACUUUUCAAACAGGACCAGCCUCACAUUGAUGAAGAAGAGGAUUAUGACUAUCCACCCACAGGCCCUGUCAGAGAUUCUCUUCCUGAACAGAGAUUCCCAACAGAGCCCUCUGUGAUUUUGUUCCCCCAUCUUGAAACCACCGUUCCACAGGACAUCAACCAAGCCGAAAAGCAAGAACUCAGAGAACGAAUCGGGACUCACGAAGAAGAGACAGACACAGAAGAGGUGACCACAGACACUCCGCAGACAGUGGAUGAGACAACCCCAACUCUCCAGAAUGAGGUGACCACAGAAGUGUUAGAAAGAGCUCCAGAGAGCCAGAUCCAUCAGCAGGGAGUAGGUGCCUUCAAAGAAGGAAAAAAGUGGGAGGAAGAUCAAGCUGUCACGUCAAACACUGUCACCAACACUACCUCUCCUGGAAAAGACCUGUCAGUCACGACUGACAGCAAAGAUGAAGAAGCAGAUAGCGUUCCUGGGAAAGAGAACGGCAACGACUUGGGAAAACAGGAGAGGCAGUCUGGAACACGCAGCCAGCUGCACAGGAAACCCCACGAACGCCACACGUUCCCCAUGGUGAAGUUCAGCCCCACUAGCCAGCCGCUAGUGAAGAUGAAAGCUGAGGAUGGACAACCUCAAAAGAGACAGUCACAGACCCUGUUCAACUACCAAACCGAGGAGGAAGAGGAGGAGGAGGAGGAGGAGGAAAGCAAUGUUCUUGAAUCCUUUCCAGAACAUCAUGAGGUUUCUGCUAAGGAUCUGGUAGAAAACUGUUGUUACGCGGGCCAGAAGUGGGCCGAAAGAAAUGGCCACUGCGACAACAUGCCUGUUGCUAAAGAAGACCGACACUCCAUAUGUAGGACCGCACAGACGCAGUGCUGCUUAGGGUACCUAAAGGAAAGCAAGUGCCUGGCAGGCAUGGACGUAGCCAAAGGGGGAAACGUGUGUGAGGCGGGAGACGGCGAUGCCUGCGGAACAGACUCCUUCAAGGAGUGCUGCGACUGCUGCUCCUUGGGCAUUCGGUUCCGUGCAGAGGACCAGAGCUGCGAGCCGCACCAGUAUCUGGGCUAUCCCUGCAGCCACAUCUUCAUGACUUGCUGCCUGGGGGAUGAGGGUUCCAGCCAACCCACCAUCAGGAAGAAGGAGAGGCCCAGCCCCACGCCCCUUCCAAAAAAAGUUUUAGACAGUAAGUUCCCGAACGAGGCCUUCUCCAUCAACGACCAGGAUGAGGCAGAGAACUCUGUGGAGGAGCCAGAGGAUGUGGACGAGUGUGAGGUGUAUGCGGGCCAGCUCUGUCACCACAAGUGCAUCAACACCUGGGGCUCCUACGUGUGCGGCUGCUUCCCGGGGUACAGGCUGCUGCAGGACGGACACAUCUGCGUGCCGGAAACCAAGUUGGAGGACAACCAAGUCCUGGAGGAGAAACCCCUGACAGAGGCACCCCAGACCCCUGCCCCCGCUGCUCCAACCACACCCACCCCUGUCCAGCUGGACCCCUGUGAAGCUAAUGGGCCCUGUAUGCAGCGGUGCACUGCAGUGGAAGGGAAGGCCCGCUGCUCCUGCUUCCAGGGCUACUCUCUGCUGGCUGACGGCCUCUCGUGUGAAGAUGUGAAUGAGUGCCGAAGUGGCGUUCACAAUUGCUCCCGCGGGGAUUUUUGUGUGAACAAAGACGGAUCUUUCCAGUGUCUCCGCCUCAAUGAUCUGUGCGACGAGGGUUUCGUACACAACGUGAAUAGAGAAUGCGUGGAUGUGAACGAGUGUGUCACCAACACGCACAGCUGCCAGGCCAACGAGACGUGCCUGAACACCGCCGGGUCUUUCAAAUGCGAGAGGCAGAUCACCUGCCCCAACGGGUACCAGCUGAGAUUCGGUGUCUGUGAAGACGUGGACGAGUGCCUGCUGAGGACCCACAACUGCGGUGUGGGCUUGGAGUGCCAGAACACGGGCGGCUCCUUCACCUGCAACCCCCGGCAGAAGUGCUUCACCGGGUUCGCUCAGGACGUCCACGGGAACUGUGUCGACAUCAACGAGUGCAGCAGCCUGGAGGAGCCCUGCAGUACCGGGUUCAACUGCAUCAACACGGUGGGAUCCUACACCUGCCAGCGCAAGAUCAUCAUGUGCAGCCACGGCUAUCACUCCAGCCCUGACGGAGCCCGCUGCAUCGAUGUGGACGAGUGUCAGACAGGUGUUCACCGCUGUGGCGAGGGGCAGAUUUGUCACAACCUGCCUGGCACCUACCGAUGCGACUGUCAGACGGGGUACCAGUACGACAUGAUCCGGAGGACGUGCGUGGAUGUGAACGAGUGCUGGCGCUACCCGGGCCGGCUGUGUGGCCAGACGUGCCAGAACACCCCGGGCUCCUACCGCUGCUCCUGCACCGUCGGCUUCAAGCUGGCCUACGACGGAAAGAACUGUGAAGAUGUGGACGAGUGCAGCAACAGCCCCUGCAGUCAGGAAUGCGCCAAUAUAUACGGCUCGUACCAGUGCUACUGCAGACAGGGAUUCUACUUGAAGGAAGAUGGACAUACCUGUGAAGAUAUUGACGAGUGCUCCCAGAGCAUCGGAAAUCUCUGCGCCUUCCAGUGCGUCAACGUCCCGGGGAGCUACCAAUGCGCCUGCCCGCCCGAAGGCUACUCCAUGUCCCCCAACGGACGCACCUGCAGAGACAUAGACGAGUGCGCCAUCGGGGCGUACAACUGCUCCACCGCCGAGACGUGCUACAACAUCCAGGGAAGCUACCGGUGCCUGUCCUUCGCCUGUCCACCCAACUACAGGAGAGUGUCCGAUACACGCUGUGAGCGCAUCAGUUGCCCCAACUUCCUGGACUGUCAGAACUCUCCCCUGAGAAUCACCUACUACCAGCUGAGCUUUCAGACCAACAUCAUCAUCCCCGCCCAGAUCUUCCGCAUCGGACCCUCACCGGCGUACUCUGGAGACAACAUCAUCAUCAGCAUCAGCCGCGGCAACGAGGAGAACUACUUCAGCACCCGCAAGCUCAACACCUUCACGGGCGCGGUGUACCUGCAGCGCCAGGUCCGCGAGCCUAAAGACUUCCUCAUAGACGUGGAGAUGAAGCUCCUCCGGCAAGGCACCUUCACCACCUUCCUGGCCCGAAUCUACGUCUUCAUCACGGCCCACUCCCUCUAACCAGCUUGCCUAUGCAAUGCACAGAUUUCACAUGGUGCUAAACUCUGAGCUCUUCAGUUAUAGGCUACACUGCAGUCUUUACUGGAGGCCUCUGUGUUCUGUAUGCUUCAUAUAUCUAUAUGGAAUGUUGCCAAAGACCUUAGUGUUACAUUUCGCUCAUAAUACACCUGGUGCCUGGAAUGCUCUGAUGGUGAGGAGAGUAAAAAUAUUAGGGGUGCUGUUGUCUUUAGUCUGGUAAGGCUUCGCACCAGACCUUAUAUUAUUUACCUACUUGAUAUGUUUCCUCUUGAAUCUCUGCAGCCUUUGUAUCACUCUACUAAUGUGUUGCUAUUGGACAAAUAGUUGUACUCUUAUAAUCUGAGACAUUAUUCCGUAAAAUGGAUGUAUUAUAUUUUUAAAAGCUGGGGUCCAAAGAGUUUCUUUUAAACUUAUUUUUGUUCAGAUAUACCAAUUUUGAAACAUUUGAGUUUCAUGUGGUGAGCCCAUGUGACAUAAAAAAACCAGCACUGAGGACUUUCAUGUUUUUUUUCUAUUUCUUUUUUAAUUUUUGUUUGGACUGGGACAGAUGUUGGUGUGUUACUGUGUUAAAAAUCAUCUCAGGGUAAAAAAUUUACAAACAAAAAAAAAAACAGCCUUAGAUACCAUCCAGUUUGCAAGUAAUCAUUUUCCAUUAAACAUUUUCUGUAUGACAAGCUGGUUUCCUGUUAUUCUCUUAGGGCCAAAAACAAUGCCAUUCCCAGAAUGAAAUAUUUCCACCUUGGGAUUGACGCAUGCUAUCACUCAUUUUUAGUGCCAUAUGAUUGAGAACAGGUGUAAUGAUGCAGGGCAGAGUUGUGCUUUAUCAAAUCUAAUAGGACAUCUUCCUGUACCUUAAAAAUAAAUGUAUAUUUAAUUUCCCUCUAUAGCUGAAACACAGCAGUGUGUUAAUUGGAUUUUUGCUUUCAGAGAACCAAGUGGUCUUUUGAGAAUAGUGCAAAUAAUCAAAACUGGCAUUUUAAAAACAUCCCUUGUGAGCAUCAGCAUCAUAUUUACAUUCUGAAUUCACUGUAUGGCUCAACAAUAAAACCACACAUUUGACCAUUGCACGAUAUGUGCUGAUAACCA